GCCGAGUAGUGCCCGCACCGAAACGUCCCUCCCAGCGGCCAGCCAGCCAGCUGUGUUUGUUUACGCGCCGAGGCACGCAGCACACGCCGCGCGGCACGUGGCCCGCCACCCAGCGCCUCAGCGUACCUGCCGUCACCUGCAGGGCUUCCUCGCCUCAGCUGAGCCACGGAGUCUUCAGGCAGGACGAGGAACAGAGACAUAGGAAUCAACAACUGAAAAUAUGGAUGCCGAGGUCCUCAGCUCCAUGCCAGAGGACCCUGUAAUGAACACUACAGAUGAUGAGACAGAGGAUGAGGAUAUGGCGAAAGCAAUGUUAGCUCAAGCAGACCCUUCCUUCUAUUCUGAUGCAGCAGCUUACUGGAGCAAAGUGCCAGCCACAGUGAAUGGAAUGCUUGGAGGGUUUGCCCACAUCCAUGGUCCUGAUAUUAAUGCUUCAGAACAUUUCCUGCAGAGCAUCUUUAAGAUGAAAGAUCCUCCUGGCCAUGGGCGUGCAGCAGACUGUGGGGCUGGCAUUGGCAGGAUAACUAAACACUUCUUACAAAAGCAUUUUGGGAAGGUUGACCUAGUUGAACAGUGCCAAAGCUUCCUAGAUCAAGCAAAAGAAUCCCUAAAAAAUUCCAAGAAGAUUGGAGAGUACUUGUGCCAAGGUUUGCAGCAUUUCUCUCCAGAUGUUAACACAUAUGAUGUUAUUUGGACCCAGUGGGUAUUAGGCCACCUAACAGAUACAGAUCUUCAAGACUUUUUUAGGAAAAUGGCUUGUGGAUUGAAGCCCAAUGGUGUUAUUGUUGUGAAGGAAAAUGUUACAUCUUCAGGAACAGUAGAAUUAGAUGAACAAGACUCAUCUGUAACUAGACCUGAAAGUGUACUUCUGAGCAUUAUAGAUAAGGCUGAAUUAAAAGUUGUAAAAAAUGUAAAGCAGCCAAAUUUGCCCAAAGGUCUUUAUGAGGUGAGAAUGCUGUGCCUAAAGCCUAAAUAAAUAUACACGAAGGUGAGGUGGUUAGGAGAAAAAGACCCAAGAAUUCAGAGUUAUAUAUGUUACAGUAAAAUCUUCAAAACAGUAAAUUUGUAAAUUUCCUAGAGUUUCAGGAAAUUUAAAAAGUGAGUUUCAAUCAGUAAAUUCACAAAAUUACUAAAAAAUUUAGGUUAGGUUAGGUUAGUUGAUGCUCCAGUAAAUUUGUAAACUAAAAAAUUUAGGAAAUUUACAAAUUCAAUGGAGCAUCAACUAACCUAACCUAACCUAAAUUUUUUAGUAAUUUUGUGAAUUUACUGAUUGAAACAGUCACUUUUUAAAUUUCCUGAAAAUUCUAGGAAAUUUACAAAUUUACUGUUUUGAAGAUUUUACUGUAACAUAUAUAAGGUGCUCAGUAGAUCAUUCAGAAGGAGUUGAAAAAAAAUGUUCAAAGAUAUUUGGAGGUCAACAUUUUUACAGUAUAUAAUUACAAACUCUUUCCAAUUAGAUCAUGUACAUUUUGAUAGGUUAUGCCUUCUAUUUUGGUAGCAAAAUUCAAUACCUUUGGGUUGUUUGGGAUUGAAAGUUAAGAAUCUCUGUAAACUGCCACUUUGUUCAGCAAUUCUCUGUAAUUCAGAUAUGUAAGACUUUUAAAUUUAUAAUACUCAUACUCUUCUGGCUCUACCUAUUACACUGUUAAUAGUAAUGAGUGUGGACUGAGCAGAGCAUCUUCCUGCAGUUCAGUCAUUUUGUUUGAGUGUCUGGAUGAGUAAGAAAUAUUAAACCACACAUUAAAAACACUUGUCAUCCUCAUUAAAUGAUCAAAUUUACCAUCAUUCAUU